ACGUACAUAUGUCUGUACAUGAAUACAUUGUGGUUUUGUUUGUCGUGGUGGGUUGGUGAGCGUCCUAAAUCCGUCUCAUGCCCUUAGUUAUAGAAUUACGGUGCUCUAGAAAUGUUACUCGACACCAUCUUGGUCACAGUUGGGACUUUGUUGGUGGUAUUUGUGAGUGGUCAGCAGGAUGAGCGGGUCGAGGAUGACCAAUCUAUCGUGACCCCUCAACUCGUUGAAGAAGAUGGGAGAACGUUUCCGCUGGAGGUGGGGCGUUACAUUAUAAUCAAUUGCACUGCCGUGGGACGACCACCUCCAGCUGGCCUUUUUUGGGAAAGAUCGGACGGAAAGAAUCUUAAAUCGCUUGGGAUUGUGACGGAGGGGUUUCGCAAUGAGACCACCGUCAGACGUUCCAUGAUUAUCAACUCGACCCAGGAGAGGAUGCAAGGUCAGUACAUCUGCCUCAGCUCCACCUUCGCCAUCGUCAGCGACUCUUCUUCGUUUUCGCCCCAACGACGCAGACUGGACAUGAGGAUCCGAAUAGAAGUCGGACCACCGCCCUCGCCCACCAUCCCAGCCGUAAAUGAUGUGGCGAAAUCACGUGGUGAGCUCAGCACGGGGGCCACCGUCGCCACCGUCGUGACCGUUGUACUCGUCACACUUCUCGGAGUCUGUGCAUGUACUGAACUACAUAGAAGGAAAAACAGGAACGGGCUUUCGAAACGAGACGUGGAGCUAUUUCUUAAAGGAAAUCCCGACGGUGUUGUAAAGACUGGUUUCGCACACGAGAACGUUUCCUUCCAGCCUUAUGACUCGUCUUACGAAUUGGAGGAGGACAACUUAAAAAUAGACAAGGAUAAUAUUUUGGGGGCUGGAAGUUUCGGGGUGGUGUACCGAGGGAGGUACAAGGCAGAUGCGGUUGCCAUCAAAACCAUUAAACCUGGCAGCGACAAGACGUACCUCCGAGCUCUCCUCAUUGAACUCAAAGUUAUGAUUCACAUUGGGCGACACCCUUUCAUCAAUCAGCUCGUGGGGGCUACCUCCAAAGACUUGCGAAGAGGUUUGCUAAACGUUGUGGUAGAACUAUGCUCAAGUAACUUGGAGUCAUAUCUGCGACAAAAUAGAUACACUUUCAUUAACCAAUUUGAUGUGAAAGGGAUUCUGGAUCCACGAACUGGUGAGGAGCACUCCAAUGAGUGUUUGCGGACCUUGGACUUGAUGCGAAUGGCGUAUCAAAUCGCGGACGGCAUGGAAUAUUUGGGAAGUCGGAAUGUAAUCCACGGCGACCUUGCUGCUAGAAAUAUUCUCCUCAGCGAGGACGGAACCGCCAAGAUCACUGACUUCGGGUUAGCCAGGCAGAUGUACGACUAUGCAAAUUAUGUCAAGCGGAACCAGGAACCACUUCCAUGGCGUUGGAUGAGUAUCGAAGGGCUAAAAUAUCUGAGCUUCUCGCCCAUGAGCGACGUCUGGAGCUACGGGGUUUUGUUGUGGGAGCUCUUCACCUGCGGGGACGUUCCUUAUCCCGGCGAGUCCUGGACGACGCAGUUUGUCGAGAAGCUUAUCCAAGGCUUGAGACUCACUCGGCCCAAAUACUCGAAUAAACAACUGUAUAGUCAAAUCAUGGUCAACUGUUGGAAUCCGACACCCAAGAAUCGAAUCACUUUCUCCCAAUUGAAAUCAUAUUUUGGAGAAUAUACAAAGUACCAGGAACAACAAUCUGGACAAUCUUCGAGUUCAGCUCGAAGAUUUCUGGGUGUCGUGCAUAGCGAGACUCCGUUUUGAUUUAUGCAAACCUAUUUGUAAUUUGUGUGUUAUCUCAUUUACAUACAGUAGUGUACACACUUUAUGCAAGGCAUGCAUACAUAAAUGUCGACCAAACUGUAGAGUGCAAAUUUUUAUACAAAAUAAUAUUUACAUUACAUGAUAGUGUAAUAAAUAAAGGACAAAAUGAAAUGCACGA